AUGAAGAACUUUUCAUUCCUCUUCGCCGUUGGAGUUCUAGGUACUCUGCUUCCGACUGCUGCCGCACAAAUCGACUGUGGACUGAACGCGGAGUAUACUACGUGUGGUUCUGCAUGUCCCCCGACAUGCACUUCUACAACGGAGAUUGGAUGUCUUAUUACAUGUGUGAUAGGAUGUCAGUGUCUCGAUGGCUAUGUCUUGAGUAGUGCCGGUGAAUGCAUUCUUCCAUCAGAAUGUUAG